CAACCUCAACUUCAACUACCUCUACGACAGCGUGCCCUCCACUCUCUUCAACAUGGCAUCGCUCACAGGAAUCCGUCUGAGUGCCAACUACCUGACGGGCACGCUGCCAGCCGUGCCUGCCAAGCUCACUUACCUGGCCGUCAACCACAACUUCCUCGCCGGCGCCUUCCCCUCUCAAAACUUCCAGUUCUGCGACAUCCGCAACAACUGCUUCUCAAACCUCGGCACCUGCUACAAUGCCUACGGCGUCGCCCAGCGCACCUCAGGCUGCAACAUCUGCGGCACCGGCAAUGCUGCCCCGCCACUGUGCGGCGGCACUGUCUGCAUUCUCAACGCCACGGACGCUCUGGCGGCUGGCACUGUGAACGGCCUUGGGUCCUCCCCACCGCCCAUGUUCUGCGCCCCCGUCACCAUCGACCCCACUGCUGGUGCGCUCACAUGCCCUCACAUCGCAAGUGCUGCUGGUGCUGAGGGCGGCGCUGGGAGUGUCGCAGAGCACGUGGCUGGUGGACUCGCCGUGCGACGUGGCGGGCAACCCCCCCAUGGCCACCAGCUGGGCGGGCGUUGGCUCAACAUGGAGCUGAACCUGCUGGAGGCGCGCCUCAGCGAGUGGGCCUCGCCGCUCUCCACGCUCAAGUCGCUCCGCCACCUCGCUCUCAACUACAACUGGUUCUCCGGCCCUGUGCCAUCUUAUCUGCUCACUCUCUCCUCCCUCACUACGCUCAACCUGCAGUUCAACUACCUCACGGGCACGCUCACGGGCGCGCCCGCGGCGUCCAUAAAGACGCUCAACUUCGGGUACAACUUCCUGGCGGGCACCUUCCCCGCGGGCUCCACCACGCUGUGCAACGCGCGCUCCAACUGCUUCACCGACGCCUCCAAGUGCCUCAGCGCCGGCACCUCCGCGCAGCGCGCUGCCACUGCCUGCGCCAUCUGCGGCGCUGCGAAUGCGUCCACAGUGCUGUGCGGUGGGGGGGUGUGCGCACCCAACACGGCGACGCAGCUCGCCACCAAGACGCCCAACGGCCCCUCCCUUCUCGUGCUGCCGCAAGUGUGCACUGGCGUCCGCGUCAACCCCACUGCCUGUGCGUCCCUCUGCCUCCUUCCUCCGCCUCCUCCCUCCCCCUCCUCCCUAUGCCUCUUCCCUCUGCUGCUGUCAUCUGCCCUCUCUACACUUUGCUCCCCCUUACCCGCUCCUCUCCUCCGCCCAGCCCCCUGUUUUCCCCCCCUGCGUGAACCUCUCCCUGCAGUGCCGAUCCUGGCGAACAUGAAGACGGCGCUGGGAGUGCCGCACCAGGAGUGGGGCGUGCAGACGCUGUGCACGGUGACCAACAACCUCAAGGGCCCGGACGAUAUGUGGGGGGUGUACUGCAAUGCGCAGGGCACCGUGGUCGACUUCUACCUCAAGCAGCGCUUCAUGCGCGGCAUCAUGCACCCCGACAUCUCCAAGUUCACCGCCCUCACCGCCCUGUCAGUGCCGCUCGUCCACUCCCACAUCGUCUCCCCGCCCACCGCUCAUUCCCGCUGCUCUAAUUCCCGUCCGGACCUGUCGAGUAACUUCCUGUCGGGCCCGCUGGAUCCUUUCAUCUCGCCGCUCACCGGCCUCACUGCCCUCAAAUACCUGUACGCCCUCCACGCUUCACCCUGCCCCCUCUCCCAUCUUUCGCUCUUUCCUGCAACCCUUGUUCUUCGCUGCUCUCCAUGCCCUUUUCUCACCUGUCUUUGCUCGUCCCUAACCUGCUAUUCCCCCCACUCCCCUCCCUCCCUCAUGUGCGCCGUCGUGCAGCGUGAUGAGUUACAACUUCUUCUCGGGCUCCAUCCCCUCCACCAUCUCAGCCAUCAAGAGCCUCUACAUGCUGUGAGCGCCCUCACCCUCCUUCACACCCUCCCUGUCCCGAUUUCAGCGCUCUCCUCUCUGCAUCUCCUGCCCUGCUGCACCGUGUGUCAUGUCAUCGCACCCACCUUUCCCCCACCCCGUCCCCCAUGUGCGUGUGUGUGUGCACGUGGUGAGCGCAGGAGCCUGGGGUGGAACUACCUGACGGGCACGGUGCCGGUGCCGGGCACGGCACUGCAGGUGCUGGAUCUGGAGAACAACUGGCUCAACGGCAAGUUCCCCUCCACCGCCAACUGGUACUUCUGCACGGCGCGCGCCAACUGCUUCAACGACCCCACGCCCUGCAAGAACAACAACAACCAGGGCAUCACUCAGAGGCCGUCCUGUGCCAUCUGCAACAGCGCGGACGCCACAGGCACGCUGUGCGGUGGCCUUGUUGUCUGCCAGCCUGACCCGGCUGCUGUGAAGGCUGUCACAGCUGUGCCAACCACCUCCACCCCCGUGCUCGCCCUCACGUGCCCGCCUGUUCCGCCUGUGACAACGGACGCCACUGCAGGUAUGACGGCGGCUGCUGCCACCGUGCUGCUGCUGGCCCAUGCCUCUCAUCUCUCCUCAUGUGCAUGCCCCAUGCCUCUCAACCAUUCCGAUGUGCCCCACCGCCCCCCGCCACCAGCAUCGGCGCUGAUGAACAUCAAGACGGCGCUGGGAGUGACGUACACCAGCUGGGCGCCCUCAGCCACCUGCAAUGCUGUCGGCAGCUCGGGUGGCGGCGGCUUCACGGGCGUGGAGUGCAACAGUGUGGGCCAGCCCGUCAAGAUUUUCCCCAUCCUGCUCCCAGCAUCGCUCACUUCCCCUUCACUCUCUCCACUUGCUCCCACCCACCUUCCUGCACCACCCCGCACCCCACCCCCUCCGCGCCACAGCGCCCUGGACAGUCAGAAGCUGUUUGGCAUUCUGCAUGCUGACAUCACCAAGCUCACUGCACUCACGUUCCUCUCGCUCAAGUCGAACCUCUUCAGGGCGCGCCUGGAGGAGUUUGCCAGGCCGAUUCCAUCGCUGCCCAACCUUGCAGUGCUCCUACUGGACUUCAACUGGUUCUUUGGCAGUCUGCCCCCUGCCAUGAUCGGCAUGCCCAAGCUCACACGCCUCGGCCUGUCCUACAACUACCUGACAUACCGCGUGCCGCCGGUGUCAGCAGCGCUCAAGGACCUAGACGUGAGCUUUAACUUCCUCUCGGGCUCCUUCCCGGCCAACACCGCCACGUCGUGUGGCGCCGCCAACAACUGCUUCAAGGCCAUCACUGGGUGCACCACCACGGGCACGGCGCAGCGCUCCACGGGGUGCAGCUUCUGCGAGUCCACCACGGCGCAGGGCAUGCUGUGCUACGGCCGCGGCGUCUGCACCGUCGACGCCGCCGCUCCCUUCAACGCCGGCACGCCCAACGCUGUCGGUGCCGCCACGCUGCCGCUGGCUUGCGUCAACAUGUCCGCGGCAACGCCUUUCCUGCCCGCGCUGCCGUGGCACUCGCAGCGCCCCACUCACCCGCUCCGCCGUGCGCCAUUACCUUCCCCCAACCACCGCUUCCCCUCGCCACCCCGCCGGCCCGUCGUCGUUGCCAGGGCCCUCGAAACCCCCGUCGUUGCUCAGUCUGCGGCUGCAGCUGCACCUGCUGCUGCUACGCUCAGCGCAUGCGGCGUCGAGCCACGGUCACUACAGCCCCUCGCCGCCGCGAAUGACGCAACCCUAAGCCUCCUCGCGCUGCUCGCCGGUCCCGCGUCCGCCGCGCUUCUUCUCCUCCUCGUCGCGCACGGCUUCGCGCUGCCGCCCGUUGCCGCCGUUGCCUCCGCCGCAGGAAUGCCCGCGGGCGUGGCGGAACCCGCGGCGGUGGAGGAGGUGGGGGGGAUGCGCACGUGCUCCGCGGGUUACGGGGAGGGACAGGCGCGGGGAUGGUGCGCGCAAACGUCAGCGGAAGACGCGAAUGGCGCCGCGAGCGCGGGAUUGACGAGCGGAGAGCGGUUUGGGCUGCCUGAGACAUUACGGAACCGAUAUGUGCUGCUGCGGCACGGGCGGAGCCUGGCCAAUGAGAGAGGACUGAUCGUCAGCAGCCUGGCGAACGGCGUGGCGGCGGAGUUUGGGCUGGCCGCGGAGGGCAGGCAGCAGGCGCAGCGCGCAGGGCGCCAGCUGAGCGAGCUGCUGGAGCAGCGCGGAGUGGCGGCGAGGGACGUGGUUCUCUUCGCGUCGCCCUUCAGCCGCACGCAGCAGACGGCCGCCCUCGCUGCCAAGGAGCUGGGCAUCAACGUGCUCGGCACGCGCUUCCAGACAGCAGAGGAGCUGAGGGAGCGCUACUUCGGGCGCCACCUGGAGCUCAACUCGCAUGACCUCUACCCAGCAGUGUGGGUGGACGACAGGAAGGACACGGCAUUCCGCCCGGGUGGCGACGGGGAGAGUGUGGUGGCCAUGGCGCAGAGAACGGCGCGCCUCAUUCGGCACAUUGAGGAGGAUCUGGACGAGAAAGUGGUGGUGCUGCUGGGCACGACGGCGAUGGUGCGCGCGGCGGCGCUGCUGCUGGUGCUGCCGGCCUUGGCGAUCCUGAGCGUCGUGGAUCCCGAGGUGGCGAAGCCGGCGUGGGACGACGGCGUCGUGGACGGCGUCGACGCCGACCUCUUCCGCCGCGCCAUGGUGCAGAUCGACGACGCGCGUCUCGCCGAGCCGCGCGGCAAGAUUGCCUUUCUCUUCCUCGUGCGCGGCCCGCUGCCGCUGCAGGAGAUCUGGCACCGCUUCUUCUAG